AGCCACCUUCGCUCGAGCUGCCUGAAGUUGUGCGCAGUGCAGCGGGCGCCAUGCGGCAUCCUGUCCGUUGUCUGGGCGUGUCGGAGUGAGCGGGUCUCUGGUAGAUGCCCACCUGCGGCCGGGUCCGAACGCUGUGCUGCGGUGGUGGUCAAGCGGUUCUGUGUGCGGCCGCCGGCGCCAGCUGCUUGGCCGGAACCCACCCUCGUUCUGGUUCAUGGCGCGGCAGCAGCUCCGCGUGCUCGCAGCAGCUCCGCUCCUCUGGCGCCUUCGGCGGCAGCUGCGUGCCAGGACCCAGUCGGCUUGGGGGUCGCGGGCUGUUCGCCGUGAGGCAGCUCUCGCCGGGGCAGCGGCUUUUCAGCGAGCAGGCCGUUCUUGACAGUGUCGCCUCGGACGAGGUGCUGAGGGCAGUGUUCUCCGAGCCGCUGCCCCCUGGCGCCGUGAGCGGCUCGGAACCGAUUUGGGGCCUCGCCGCUAAUUUCGUCCUGGCCCUGUCCGCGAGCGCCGCGGCGGGGGACCAGGUGCCUUCUGAGAGCUGCAGCUUCGGCGCGCUGAGGGACUUCCACCGCCCGCCACAAGAGCACGGGGGCGAGGCGCCGGGGCUGGCGCUGUGCCGGGCGCACGGGCAGCAUCUCCACGAUGCCAUGCUCCCCGCGGCCAGGGCGGCGGUGACGGCCGAGGUCCUGGCGGACCUGCUGCACGUGACGCGACUGAAUGCGCACAACGUGCGGGUGGUUCGCCAGGCAGACUCCACGGGCGAGUCUGCCCAGACUCGUGAGAUGGGGUUGGGGCUCUUCUUUCAGCUGCACCUCGCUAAUCAUAGCUGCGUGCCGAACGCGUACUUCUCGGCGAGGCACGGGGCGGAAGGGCACAUGUCUGUGAUGACAUUAUUCGCGAUACGGCCAGUGGCAGAAGGCGAAGAAGUUCACAUUUCGUACAUUGGGGCUCAGGUGCCGUUUGAACGCUGUUGUAUGGCUCCUUCCAGAUGGCGAUCGUGAAGGUUAGGAUGAGAUCAUUGUUGCCCUGGUGCUUUACGGUUUGUGUUCAGUGGCUAUUGUCCUACGGUGAUUUGGACUGUUGCGAUGUUCUCGGUCUGCCAUGAUGUACGUGGACGCUGCUGGAUCCUAUUGUUCGGGGCCCACGCUUGUGAUCAUGUGUGUCGAGCCCUCUGUGUUCUGCGCGCUCGCCCUCUUUUUCGCCUGCCGCUUCCUCAGGACCGCACGGGCCGGGCUGGAGCUCGACCCGCAAUCGCGCUCGAUUGCAAAAGCGAGCCCGCACGUCGGUCUGGCUUCUUUGCCGCUGCGGCGAGGGGCGAUGCAGGCCUUGGGCCCCGCAGCAGGCCUUGGGCGAAAGGCUGGCACCCUAGCGGGCCCUGGAAAAGGCAGGGCCGUUUUGUUACCGGUUCCGUUUUGCCGCUUUUUUGCCGGUUCCGACGCCGUUUUCUUACCGGUGCCGUCGCCGUCCGGCUCCAGUUCCGAUCAUGGAGCCGUUUUUGUUGCCGUUUCCGGUCGCCGUUUUUUUGCCGCUUCCAUUUUCAAGGGACAUUUUCUUGUGGAUACGGUGAAAAAACGGCUGUGCCGUUUCCGGGGCCCACAAAGGUUGGCACCCCGAUCACCUCGCUGUCUCCACCAUACCGAGAUUCUGGAAGCCAGGCGCUUGCGGGCACGCACGGGGCGGCGCAGGCGCGCAAAGCGUGCAUCGAAGGAGCGAGGACCCUUGGCAUCGGUCGGACGCGUGCACGUUUUUUUUUUCCUCGGCGAGGAUCACCCUGCAGGAGAAACGUCGCGCAGUAAACCGCGCAAUGCGCGGGGGAUGGGCCCCCGAGCGAUGGGAAGAGACGCCGUAAAAAUCCAGACCCCUUCAUGACCAAGCGCGUUUCGGUUUGGGCCACUGGACCUCGAUGCUGGCGUCGGCUUCCGACGCCCUGGCGCGGGGCUAGGCGACCGAGCCACCGCGCGCACGCGGACGCCAACUGCCACGGGCGCCGCCACCGGGGCCGGGGGUGCCAUCCUGGAUCGUUACGGUUCGCACGCGUGCCCCGGCAUGGAUCGAUUAGACGUCAAGGGUGACCUUUCGCCGGAGUGACCUUUGGUGCGGGCCCACCGGGGCCCCCCGAUCGCCGAGCGCGAUGCGACAGUAGCGCCUUGCGCGCCCGUGUUUGGCCCCCCCUCGGCCCCCAAAAAGCCGCGCACCAAAGGUCACUCUUACCCAGGGCCACUCCUGCGUGUAGCCGAAUGGAGACUGUUAGAUCCUACUGUGCGUUUGUGUGUGUGUGGAGCCCCGGGUUCUCCUUGCUGUGUCCAUGCGUGCCUGCUUUCUCCUGCUGCCCCUAGCCCGGAUGGGCGUCGUGCUCGCGCAGACGGUGGGCCGACUCUUUUGCCCCGCGCAUCGACGGGCGCACCCUCCUCUUCCCUGUCGAGGCACGGCGCAGGGUGCUGCUGCGGCAGUUCGGCUUCGUGUGCGGGUGCCCGCGCUGUGAGGAGGAGCGCGCCGCUCUCGAGAAAGAGAUCUGCGCCGUG